AACAUAAAUAAACGAAUGUGCCUGACAGCAACAACAAAUAGAUAAAAGUGCGAAGAACAUGGCAAGCAAAACGCUCGUCACGUGAAAAGAAGAACAAUUACAGUCUAUUCCAGUUCCUGGUGCCACGCACGUAGACCACGCCUUCCGGCUAACGACGAGCCAUAUAUUUCAAGCAGCAAAAGUACAGUACCAGUAUCCAUUUGACCGCGUAACUGAAAGGUUUCAGAGAUUUCGUCAGUGACUUUGAACUUUAAAAUGGAAAUCGUUUGGUCAGCCAUCAUUUUGACUCUAUUACCCUGGGUAGGAUCCUUCGCCGGUGGUACCAUUACGCGAAAGUACAUCAAAACUUGGUACGAUAAGGAUAUCAAGAAACCAAGUUGGCGUCCUCCUAAUUUGGCAUUUCCUAUUGUUUGGACAUACCUUUAUCUAACGAUGGGCUAUGCUUCGUACUUGGUAUGGCGUGAUGGCGGUGAAACCUUGGAUGGCCCUGCCAGGUUGCCGCUGACGCUUUUCGCAAUUCAACUUGUUCUCAACUGGGCUUGGUCUUACAUCUUUUUCUACUUUCACAACUUGAAAUUGGCAUUUUAUGAAAUCAUCGUUAUGCACGUCACCAUUGCUUCUUGUGUCUAUACUUUUAAAUCCGUCAAUGAAAUAGCUUCUUAUUUGAUGAUUCCAUACCUAGCAUGGGUCAGCUUUGCUUGUCUACUUACCUAUACAAUUUGGAGAAUGAACCCAUCCAACAACAAGCCGUCAAACAAGAAGAGAAAUUAAGGGACCUCCAUUUAGUAGGAUUACUUUCCAUAAAUCCUACAUUCCAACGUUGUCAAAGCUGACAGCCCCCAAAGUAAAAAGGGGAAUUCCAUUAAUCGCAUGAGUUUUCUAAAUACAUACAUCUCACUGAGAAAAUCUCUUUUUGUUUUUGGUGGUUAGAUUGAAGGUCUUUUUUGUUUGCUGGUUGCAUAAUUACUGAUGGAACUUUAUGUAGCCGUAAUUCUAAUCUUGAGGGAGGAAGAAGAAUGUUUGCGAACGUGUGACAUUGCAAGGUCAACAGCCAUUCAUUUACGUCGAGAAUGAACUCAACUGGCAUUUCUUGUUAAAGACAUUUCAAGUACACUUGUUUACCGAAGAUUUCACCAUAUCAUAGUACUAACCCAUUAUUAUCGAUUUAUCAGCUUUCACACUAUACAAUGUGUAGCAGUGAGAUUUUAGAAAAAAAAAAUGAUCCUUGAACAUAUUGUACUUAAUUACAUCUCUCAGAAGAAGCGGCCAGUU